ACUUCCAUAUAUGGAAGUAUAGCUUAGCGUGUUCUGAGGUCAGUGGGUAUUUUACUGGACAGCGUGGAUAGAAACAUCAGAUUGCUUGUUGGAAAGUGAAUAGAAAGGGUCUGGAAAGAUUAUUUUUGUAAAAGGCAAAGUAGUUUCGCAAAUUUAACGAAAUGGCAGAUGAUGAUGUUGCAGCUCUUGUCAUCGACAACGGAUCUGGAAUGUGCAAAGCCGGGUUUGCUGGCGACGAUGCCCCCCGGGCUGUUUUCCCGUCCAUUGUUGGGCGCCCAAGACAUCAAGGUGUGAUGGUUGGCAUGGGUCAGAAAGACAGCUAUGUUGGAGAUGAAGCUCAAUCCAAGAGAGGAAUCCUCACACUGAAGUAUCCCAUCGAGCACGGAAUCGUCACCAACUGGGAUGACAUGGAGAAGAUCUGGCAUCACACCUUCUACAAUGAGCUUCGUGUGGCUCCCGAGGAACAUCCAGUUCUCUUGACAGAGGCUCCCCUCAACCCCAAGGCCAACAGAGAAAAGAUGACACAGAUCAUGUUUGAAACAUUCAACUCUCCAGCUAUGUAUGUUGCCAUCCAAGCAGUGUUGUCUCUGUAUGCUUCCGGUCGUACAACUGGCAUCGUCCUGGAUUCCGGUGAUGGAGUCACACACACUGUACCAAUCUACGAGGGUUAUGCUCUUCCUCACGCCAUCAUGAGGCUUGAUCUUGCCGGUCGUGACCUUACUGAUUAUCUGAUGAAGAUCCUCACAGAGCGUGGUUAUUCCUUCACCACCACAGCAGAGAGGGAAAUUGUGAGAGACAUUAAAGAAAAAUUGUGCUAUGUGGCAUUAGACUUUGAACAAGAGAUGGGUACUGCAGCUUCAUCUUCUACGUUGGAAAAGAGCUAUGAGUUGCCCGAUGGACAAGUAAUUACCAUUGGUAAUGAGAGGUUUAGGUGUCCAGAAUCAAUAUUUCAACCUUCGUUCCUUGGUAUGGAAUCUGCUGGUAUUCAUGAAACUACCUACAAUUCCAUCAUGAAGUGCGAUGUUGAUAUCCCUAUGUAUGUUGCCAUCCAGGCAGUGUUGUCUCUGUACGCUUCCGGUCGUACCACUGGCAUCGUCCUGGAUUCCGGUGAUGGAGUCACGCACACUGUACCAAUCUACGAGGGUUAUGCUCUUCCUCACGCCAUCAUGAGGCUCGAUCUUGCCGGUCGUGACCUUACUGAUUAUCUGAUGAAGAUCCUCACAGAGCGUGGUUAUUCCUUCACCACCACAGCAGAGAGGGAAAUUGUGAGAGACAUUAAAGAAAAAUUGUGCUAUGUGGCAUUAGACUUUGAACAAGAGAUGGCUACUGCAGCUUCAUCCUCUACCUUGGAAAAAAGCUAUGAGUUGCCCGAUGGACAAGUAAUUACCAUUGGUAAUGAGAGGUUUAGGUGUCCCGAAUCCACAUUGCAACCAUCGUUCCUUGGUAUGGAAUCUGCUGGUAUUCAUGAGACUACCUACAACUCCAUCAUGAAGUGCGAUGUUGAUAUCCGUAAAGACUUGUAUGCCAACACUGUCCUCUCUGGUGGGUCAACGAUGUUCCCUGGUAUUGCUGAUAGGAUGCAGAAGGAAAUAGCAAAUCUUGCGCCCAGCACAAUGAAAAUUAAAAUUAUUGCUCCUCCAGAGAGAAAGUAUUCUGUCUGGAUCGGCGGUUCCAUUUUGGCCUCUCUAUCUACCUUCCAGCAGAUGUGGAUCAGCAAACAAGAAUAUGAUGAAUCUGGUCCAGCCAUUGUGCAUAGAAAGUGCUUUUAAAUGUUGAAUGAUGAAAAAUUCAACAAUUAAUGAUCUGCCUCAUAUUGAAAGAAACCAGUAUUUGUUGCGACUCUGGACCAUUCUGCGUAAGAUCUGAACAUUUACAUUGAUUUUUUUUUUUUUAUCAGUGUUUUCAACUUUUCGCUCGCCAGCAAUCAUUCCUUGCCAAAAAUUUUACAUCCAAGAGGUGACCUUUUUGUUGAUUAUUAAUGUGUUUAUUAUUUCGUGUUAAAAAACUUCAUUACUGAUAUUUUUUAUAAAGUUUUUCACAAAAAACAACAAUCGACGAUUGGAUAUGCAUAAAAAUAAUGCAUUCAUUCAGACAAAAAAACUAACAUUAGAAACUGCAUGCAAAAAGAUUGCAAAGAGUUUUCUUACAAAAAUAAAAAAAAAGUAAACUAUAGUGUUGAAAUCUUUUUCUUUUCGUUUUAAUUUUGAACGUUGGUUUGUUUGGUAUGAAUAUUUGACAAAUUAGUCUAGGAAAAUAACCCACGUCAUUUUUGAAUUAAUAAUGGUGUGUACUGUGCUUUGGUUGUAGGAUUGAAGUCUCCUGGUGGAUCCAUUCUGCGGGUUUACCUGUCCCAACUAGUGUUCCACUGCCCAUAUAUUAAAGGCCAUGGGAUUUGUUGUCUUGUCUGUGCAUAUGAAAGAUCUUUUGCUAGUAAUGGAAAAAUAUGGUGGGUUUUGAAUUAAAUGUUUGAGAAAGUUGCUAGCCUUCACGAAAGCUUUUGCUAGUGGUCUAUGUACUACAGUAAUACAGGUGACUACUAGCCCAGACAAAACCAUUCACUAGCCAGGACCAAGGACCAGUGGAUUUGUCAAACCAUGGCUAUGUAAUUGCCUAUAUUUAAUACGGCCUUUAAUCGCCGAGUGGUGUCCUUGAAACAACGCCAAACAAAUGGAAGCCCAUGUUAUAAUUCACAUAGUUUGAAGUGUCAGUUUUGUCUCGCUGUUAUGAAGUAACUUCCGUUUUGUUAGUGACAUGUUAUAUCUAUGAAUGUUCAUCUCGAUGCAUGUUGAAUUUGAAAUUUAUUAAAUUAAAAUUUCAAGUGAA